AAAACGCAAGAUAAAAAAAAUUGGCAAAACAUGCAGAUUAGCCCCUCAACUCAUUCACUGGUGGCAAAUCACCCCCUCAACUCAGUUCACACGCAAACUAACCCCUUAACUCCCCCUCUGCAAUUCAUCAUUUCGUUAACUCGCUGCAAAGAAACUGGAAAACGCCAUCGGAAACGCCUCUUCGAUUUUGCCGAGAAACUGGGUCUCCCCUUUGAGUUCCAUUUGGUGGCAGACAAGGUUGGAAAUUUAGACCUAGAAAGGUUGAAUGUUAGUAAGAAGGAGGCCAUUGCCGUCCAUUGGCUACAGCAUUCACUGUACAAUGUAACUGGGUUUGACUGGCUCCUGCAAAGAUUGGCACCGAAGCUUGUGACGGUGGUGGAACAGGACCUGAGUCUGGCGGGGUCAUUUUUAGGGAGGUUUGUGAAGGCGAUACAUUACUACUCUGCGCUAUUUGAUUCACUGGGAGUGAGCUAUGGAGAGGAGAGUGAGGAGUGGCAUGUGGUGGAGCAAGAAGGGGCUGAUGAGGUGAACUUGAAACUUAACGGAAUGAUGACGUCGAUCUUAACAAAAGGGCUGAUUUGCCACUGCAGAUGAGUUAAGGGGUUAGUAUGUGCGUGAAUUGAGUUGAGGGGGUGAUUUGCCACCAGUCGACGAGUUGAGGGACUAAUCUGCAGGUUUUGCCAAAAAAAUUCUUAAAGUUUA